AUGUGUCAGGCGAGAAGACCAGCGGCGAUCCACCAUGAUGGUUCCACCAACCCCGGUGAACACUGGAGGCCUACCUCUUCCUACAAACCUGCUGAUUCUACAAUUAAUGGACCUACAAGGCACUCUAUGCAUGCCUCUUCCUACAAACCUCCAGGUUCUACAGCUAACGGACCUAUAGGUUCUACAAGACCCAAUGGUCCACAACGAGUUAAACCUCAAAAUGGUGAAAGGUGUACUCAUUGCAACAGCACGAAUCACUUUGUAACUGAUUGUUUUAAAUUACAUGGCUAUCCAGAAUGGUGGGAUGAAGUCAAGGAGCGUAACAAGGCCAAAGUAGUCGCUAAACGAUACGCACAAGGCAAGGUCGCACUCUGCAUAGGAUCUCCUGACCCUUUUGUCCCACAAGCUUCCCCUAUGCCAUCCGUCUCCUCCUCCACUGUUCCUCCAGGUUUUGCCGCCCUCCCUACAGGUGAUUCGGGCACUUCUUCUAAUACCUCAGGUAGUGCUUUUGCUGCUGUUACUGGCUUAGGUAUUGGUUAUGGAUGGAUUAUUGAUUCAGGUGCUUCAAAUCACAUGACAUUUGACUCGACAAAUUUGAAGACUCGUACUACUCCUAGCCUUACUAGUAUGGCGAAUGCAAAUGGCCAAUCCUACCCUGUGACUGGGGCAGGCACUGUUGAUCUUUCUCCAAAUUUAACUUUGGAACAUGGUCUUCUUGAUAUUCAAACCCAGGAAAUAAUUGGGCGUGGUACUAAGAGAGGAGGACUAUAUUAUGUGGAUGAUGUUUGCACGGGAAAAGCCCUUAUUGCUCAUGACUCAGCUGCAAACAAGAAGAAACAAAUUUGGUUAUGGCAUUGGCGUUUAGGACAUGCUUCUUUUGGUUAUUUAAAACAUUUAUUUCCAGCUUUAUUUUUGGAUUUGGAUAUUUCUAGUCUUCAGUGCAAAACUUGUAUUCUUGCCAAGAGUCACCGUGUUUCAUACCCUAUUAGUUUCAAUAAGAAUGAUAAACCUUUUGCUCUUAUUCAUUCUGAUGUAUGGGGUCCUUCCGCAAUCUCUACAAUCUCUGGCAUUAGAUGGUUUGUGACUUUCGUUGAUGAUUAUACGAGAAUGACAUGGAUAUAUUUUAUGAAAAAUAAAAGUGAGGUUUUUGGUCUCUUCAAGCAAUUUUAUCAGAUGGUUCAGACACAGUUCUCCACAAAAAUUCAAUUUCUGCGCUCAGACAAUGGAGGUGAAUAUGUGAAUCAUGAUUUUGUGUCCUUCUUUCAGGAUAACGGUCUUCUCCAUGAAACUACAUGUCCCUAUACCCCUCAACAAAAUGGGGUUGCUGAAAGGAAAAAUCGUCAUAUUCUUAAGACGGCCCGGAGUAUUUUGAUAGAAGCUCAUAUGCCUAAGAUGUUUUGGAGUGAUGCUAUAUUAUAUGCAGUGUAUUUAUUAAAUUGUAUGCCCUCUUCUGUCCAUGGAUACAAGACACCACUGGAUGUUUUGACUUUGACACAUCCCCUACCAUCAGUCUUGACUCUCCAUCCCCGCAUUUUUGGUUGUAUAGCCUACGUUCACAUCCUUAAACACCUACGGUCUAAAUUGGAUCCAUGUGCUCUUAAAUGUGUGUUUGUGGGUUUCUCCCCAUAUUCCAAAGGAUAUCGAUGCUACCAUCCUCCAACAAAGCGUACGUAUGUCACAAUGGAUGUCACUUUCUCAGAGUUGUCCAUGUAUUUUCAUCAUGAAUCCAACUCUCCUCUUCAGGGGGAGAAGGAGAAUAUUGAAGAGCAUAAUUGGAAUUGGACAAUUAUGUUACCUGAUAUUACCAUAGAAAGAGAAGAAGUGAUCUGCAAUGACAAAGAAAAUGUAGUCACAUUAGUUGAGGACUUGGCGUCACAUGUUGAUAACCCCACUUUGGUCCCUGCAACUCCACAUAAUUGUUCUCCCUCUUCUACACCAAAAGUACCUGUCCAAAUUCCCGAGGCUUCGGAUAACCCUGAGAUGACAACUGAAUUUAUUCCAUCUAAAGUGCAAGAUGCUUUGGUUGCUCCUCAAUGGAAGAAAGCUAUGGAUGAAGAGAUGCUGGCUUUGAAAAAAAAUCAAACUUGGGAUUUAGUUUCAUUGCCACAAGGAAAACGACCAGUUGGAUGCAGAUGGAUUUUCACAAUUAAACACAAGGUAGAUGGUACCAUUGAUAGAUACAAGGCGAGAUUGGUUGCCAAAGGAUAUACUCAGACAUAUGGUGUUGAUUAUCAGGAGACUUUUGCACCAGUUGCAAAAAUAAACACAGUUCGUAUUCUAAUAUCGCUUGCAGCAAAUUUAGAUUGGCCACUCCAACAAUUUGAUGUGAAAAAUGCUUUCCUACAUAGAGAAUUAAAAGAAGAAGUUUAUAUGAACCUACCUCUAGGAUUUGAUCUAUUAGAAAAUCCAAAUUUGGUGUGCAAGUUGAGGAAGUCACUCUAUGGGUUGAAACAGUCUCCUAGAGCUUGGUUUGGCAAAUUCAGUUGUGCCAUGAAGAAAUAUGGUUAUCGUCAAAGCAAUGCAGAUCAUACUUUGUUUCUGAAGAGGAGGAAAGGGAAGGUCACUGUUUUAAUUAUAUAUGUUGAUGAUAUGAUAAUAACAGGUGAUGAUACAGAAGAGAUAGAUAAAUUGAAACAUUAUUUAUCAACUGAGUUUGAGAUGAAGGAUCUUGGAAGGCUGAAAUAUUUUUUGGGAAUUGAAGUGGCUAGAUCUCAACAGGGUAUUUUCUUGUCACAGAGAAAAUAUGUGUUAGAUUUAUUGAAUGAAACUGGGAUGCUUGGGUGUAAACCUGCUGAUACUCCUAUUGUGCAGAACCAUAAUCUUGAGAUUCUUCCAGAUCAAGUUCCAACAAAUAAAGACAAGUAUCAUAGGUUAGUUGGAAGACUUAUUUAUUUAUCUCACACCAGGCCAGAUAUUGCUUAUGCUAUUAGUGUUGUGAGUCAAUUUAUGCAUUCGCCUAGUGAAGUUCAUAUGGAAGCAGUUAUGCGAAUUUUACAGUAUCUGAAGUCUGCACCUGGCAAAGGGCUGAUGUUCUCAAAACAUGGACAUUUGGAAAUUGAAGGUUUUACAGAUGCCGAUUGGGCAGGAAAUCGAACUGAUAGGCGUUCAACAUCAGGUUAUUUUACAUUUGUGGGUGGUAACCUUGUUACUUGGCGAAGCAAGAAACAGAAGGUUUGUUCUUUGUCCAGUGCCGAAGCUGAGUAUCGAAGCAUGGUACAUGGCAUAUGUGAGAUGUUGUGGAUUCGGAAAUUAUUAAAGGAAUUGGGCUUCGUGGCUAAAGAUGCCAUGAAAUUGUAUUGUGAUAAUCAAGCUGCAAUCGACAUAGCUAAUAAUCCAGUCCAACAUGAUCGUACUAAACAUGUGGAGAUUGAUAGACAUUUUAUUAAUGAAAAAUUGGAAAGCAAUGUGAUUAGUGUACCAUAUGUGAAAUCAGAGGAACAACUUGCAGAUAUUUUGACUAAAGCUGUGUCUAGCCAUGCAUUUAGUGACUCACUUGACAAGUUGGGCAUUGGUGACAUCUAUGCACCAACUUGA